AUGAUGUGCCACAUAUCAAACUGGAGUUCCCUGAAAAUAGUGCUGGCCUUUCUCUCGGUAAACAUCUUCUGGCUCCUGAAGCAUUCGGAUAUCGCCUAUGCGUUGCUCCAGCCGCUUAACAACAUAGACGGCUUCGUGGUCCCGAACAACUCCGCGUCUCUGGCCUUCGAUAACAUCGACUUGAGCUACGGCCGCUGGGACAACCAGCAGCUGUACAGGAUCAAGGAUUUUGCUCUUCUGGGCGAGCAGUACGUGUACUCCUCGGAGGGCAGCUUGGUGUGCCUGGCCACCCAGACUUCAGUGGAGCGCCUCAACUCGCUUCCCCAGGUGGCUGCCAAUUGGCAGGGCAAGAUGUCUGUGGCCCUGUUUGCAGCUGGGCCCGAGGAGUUUGUAGUCCUGCAAUACUUCGUUACCUAUAUGCGCCUGUGCUUCGCCAACAUACGCGAGAAUGCCACCUUUCACUUGCUCACGCCGAGGGACUUCGACAAGCUGCCCCGAGUAACCGAACUUCCCCUUAACAUGAGGGGCAAAUUCGACUGCCAGUACCCGGAUAGGACUCUCAAGGCCCUGCUCAAGUUCCGCUCCCUGAAGACCCUGCAGUGGCGACAGAGGAACACAUAUCCGCAGAAUCAUAUGAGGAACCUGGCACGCAAGGGGUGCCAGACGAAGUACGUCUUUCUCACCGACAUCGACAUUGUUCCCAGCACCAACAGUGUGCCCCAGCUGAACCACUUCUUGAGAACAGCCAAUUGCACGAAGAGUUGUGCCUACGUAAUCCCCACAUUUGAAAUAGACGUUAGGGCUACGUUUCCCCGCUCCAAGAAUGCGUUAGUGCGCCUGAUAAGGAAAGGACUAGCUAGGCCUUUUCACGAAAAGGUCUUCAUCUAUAACCAGUAUGCCACUAAUUUCUCCAAGUGGCUGUCCUCCAACACAAAUGAUACGGAAGUAUCCGUCAGCCAUAUCGUAACGAACUUUGAAUUCCUUUAUGAACCCUUCUACAUAUCAGUGGACAACGCACCAGCGCACGACGAACGAUUUCUGGGUUAUGGGUUCACAAGGAACUCGCAGGUUUAUGAGAUGCACAUUGCUGGCUAUCAGUUCUACGUCCUUUCUCCUGUGUUUACCGGGCAUUGGGGACUGCAGAGGAAGCAGGCCAGACCUGCUUGGCGGGAGCAACAAAAUAAUGCGAAUCGCCGGAAGUUCGACGUUUUCAAAAGCGAAAUAUUCGUGCGGUACAAAAACGAUCCACGCCUGCUGUUAAAGGCCAAAAAGAAUCAAAUCCUAGUAAAAUAAAUAAAAUAUUUCAAAUUA